AAUUUUACUUGAUAUCAUUUUAACUGCAAAAUUCACUUAAUUACCAAUAGGUAUCGGUCAUUUUAUUACAAGUAAAACGAUUACUAAAAUCCAUUUUCAAGAUCAAUAAAUUAAUAACUAAAAUUAUCAUUUUAGUUGUAUAAUUUUCAUAAUAUCCCGUUUCCAGAUGGGCAGGAUGCUGAUCGGCGCAUGUUGCGUGUUUGCAUGCGUAUGCGCAGCGGUCGGGUUACGAGUGGGCGCCGGCAUCGCUGACGUUACUGGCCCACCCGCCGAGGUCGCAUUCAAAAUGAAACCAUUCCAGAUGGGGUACGCGAACUUUGAGCAGAUUGGUCAUGGAAUCCACUUAAGGCAGUUCGCCAGGGCGUUCGUGAUGGAGGACGAGUCCACGUUGCAGAGGGUGGUUUUCGUCAGUGUUGAUGCCGCCAUGAUGGGCAACGGGGUUCGGAAAGAGGUGUUGAAAAGGCUUCAGAAGCGUUACGGAGACACGUAUACUGAGGAUAAUGUGAUCCUAAGCGGCACACAUUCUCAUUCUACGCCAGGCGGGUUCCUAAUGGAUUUCCUAUUUGAUUUGCCCAUCCUAGGGUUUGUAAAGGAGACGUACGCUGCUUAUAUCGUUGGCAUUUUUAAGAGUAUAGUUAUGGCUCAUAAUAAACUAGCGCCAGCUCGAAUGGAAUAUAGUGAAGUAGAAAUUCUCGGUGCGAACAUAAAUAGGUCACCGACUUCAUAUCUCCUGAAUCCGCCCGAGGAAAGAGCUAAGUACAAAUACGAUGUAGAUAAGAAUCUUGCGCAGUUGCGUUUUCUCUCCCCUUCCAACUCUAUCAUCGGGGUGAUCAACUGGUUCGCGGUGCAUCCCACCAGCAUGAAUAAUACUAACCGACUGAUAUCCUCCGACAACGUGGGAUACGCAUCCGUGAUGAUGGAGAAAGCUCUCAACGGGAACAACACCCAGCCGGGUAAGGGUAAUAUAGUGUGUGCGUUCGCAUCGACUAACUUAGGAGAUGUAUCUCCCAACACUCGCGGGCCGCGGUGCGAGUUCUCACGUGCUGUGUGCGACCAGGGCAAGUUAGUAUGCUCAGGAAAGGAGAGAUGCUUCGCGUCUGGUCCUGGGCGAGAUAUGUUCGAUAGUACCAGGAUGAUUGCCACCAAACUUUUCGAUGGAGCUAUGAAAGCACUAGAACAGCCGGGUGAAGAUGUGACUAGUGGGCCGGUGGGGAUGGUGCAUCAGUUCGUGUCUAUGCCUGACCAAAAAGCCUAUGCUUACGAUCCACUCACUGAUACCUUCAAUAUGAGCUCUGUGGUGAAUGGGUGUGUGCCCAGCAUGGGGUACAGCUUCGCUGCAGGCACCACUGAUGGUCCAGGAUUAUUCGACUUCAAGCAGGGCACGAUCUCCGGCAAUCCACUCGUGGCGCGCGUGGGCGGCGUGCUGGUGGCGGCGGUGCCGGGCGAGUUCACCACGAUGGCGGGCCGCCGCCUGCGCCGCCUGCUGGCGCGCGCCGCCGCCGCCGCCGCCACGACGCGCGUCAUCGUCGCCGGACUGUCCAACCUCUACUCCGACUACAUCGCCACUUACGAGGAGUACCAGGGUCAAAGGUAUGAAGCCGCGUCUACGAUAUUCGGACCUCAUACUUUGGAGAUCUACCUCAAUAAAUACAAAGAACUAACAGAGGCUUUGAUAAGCGGUAAUCCUGUGGAACCAGGUCCUUCUCCACCGGACUUCAGCGAGCAGCUGAUCACGCUGGUGCCGCCGGUGCUGUGGGACGCCGCGCCGUGGGGGCGGGACUUCGGCGACUGCCUGCUGCAGCCACGCCCCAGAUACAGCCUCGGGGACACCGUCACCGCCACCUUCGUGUCUGGUCAUCCACGUAACAGCAUCAGGCACGGACGGACGUACAUGACGGUGGAACGUCUAGAAUCUGAAGAGGACGAUGCGUGGACAACAGUCGCUACAGAUGCCGACUGGGAAACCAAAUACGUGUGGAAGCGUAACUCCAAGAUAUUAGGCACUAGUGAAGCUGAAGUUGAGUGGGAAAUCCCCGAAGGAACCACACCUGGCACGUACCGUAUUCAUCACUACGGGAACUAUAAGUAUAUUCUCGGCGGCAUCUACCCGUACCAUGGCUUCACAGAUUCCUUUGAAGUCACAUAAUUACUGUUAGCCAAGUUUGGAAGCUUAUGAAAGACUGCCGACGCCAUUUUUAGUUAGUAUGUUUAUGUUAGAUAUAAUAUGGAACAGUGUUGCCAUAAUAUUUGUCUGACCAAAUAAGAAGCAAUUCAUGAGAAUAAUUUAUUUAUUGCGAUUUUCCCAUGUCGAAUUAUGCUUUAUUUAUUAAAAACUGUUACACAUAACUUAUUUGUCAGAAAAUGAGGCCAAGGGUGUUUAAGGGAAUUAUUAUUUAAAGCAAACUUCAAAUAUAAAAAGGGUGUUUUUAUUUUUCGCUCAUAUUAUAGUGAGUGCUUUAUUAUAUGUGGAUUACAAUAACAAUAUUAUGGCAAAAUAUUUUAAACAAUGUUGGUGAUUGUUGAAUCUAUAAUGAUUAGUUUGACUGUGAUACUCGAGAAAUGGAAUUAGUUUUGCUAAGCAUCAGCAACUAAGGAUAAGGAUACUAUACAAAAAUAAAUACAUGUAACAUCUUAUCAAGUCUUCGUAAGGGGACGUCCAUUAAUUACGUGAUGUUUAUUUCAGCAUUUUUAACCCCGCGCUCCUCACCCUUGGGUGAUACAUGGUAAAGUUUAAGACUACCUACAAAAAAAAAACUUAAUUUUAGUAGCGCAUUUGAGGGAAAAAUAAAUACACGUGAUAUAUUACUACGCCACCUUCGGAGCCUCACGUGAUUAAUGGACGGCCCCUAAUAGUUUGCAUCUUAUGAAGGAUCUACUGAAGAAUCUUCAGUUUGACCUGAUGAGUUGUUGACUGUACCUAGUAGGUUGGUAAUUAUUUCUUUAAUCAAAAUUUAUAUUAUUACAUUAAGUUCCUUUUUGAUUUCUGAUUAAAUGUGUAAUCUAGUCUUUUGUUUGAAGUACUAUUUUUUUAUUGAAAUUGGUAGUUUUAAUAUAUAUGUAUACUUUUGCAUUAAUGGAAGAGCUGGGUCCCUUAUUAUAGGAAAAAUAUAAAAUAUAUAAUAUUAUGAUAGAGUAUGAUAGUCAUACAAAUAUUUGUUUUGCAUUUUCGGGGUUAUACUUAUAUAUAUAUAAAUUUUUUUACAUAAACACACUAAUUUGUAAGAUUUUGGCACUACUAUAACGUCAGUUCUAUACUAUAGUAUAAAUUUUAUCUGUUUGUGAUGUCUCAUGUUAGGUUCUUUGUUUUGAAUUUUUUGUCAAAUUUGAUGUUAAUAUAAUUGGUUGAUAUCCAUAAUAAUAUAAUUUUAAAUGUUGCUUAUUGCAAAAAAAAAAUGUAUUUAUUUCGUGCUGACCAGAUUUAAUAAAUGUUAUUUGUUUAUUUAUAUAAAAGUAUGCCAAAAUACCUUCAGCCGAGUCUCUCGUACAACGGUUUUAAGGCGUUGACAUCUGAGGUA